UACUAACCUUAGUACGACUCAUGACUGCUGUGCUCGAGUCCACCGUGCCCUCUUUCUCUUCUCUGCUGUGGUGCUGCUCACUGGCCGGUUGGGUGCUGACCACAGGUGAAAGAUCAAAAGUGAGGAAACAUCCAUUUGACUAGCAAAUGUGGACCAAGUCAUAUGGAAAUGCAGAAACUUGAAAAUGGUAAAGUCAACUGAGAGUAUUGUGGCCAACGCCUGUCAACUUCAAACCUAGCAGGGAGGUGGGUUCAGCCAAUCGAAAAAGCACCAACUGUGGAUAAAGUUCCUGUUUAGGAAGUCUUGAAGGGCAAAUUCCUCAUCCCAGUCCAAGUCAUCUCCAGGCUAAAAAGGAAAGGAAGGUUAUUCUUGGUUCACUCACCCAGACAGGAAUGGGUGCAUCAUCUGCAUCUGGUUCUCCAGCUUGCUCUUGUCUGCCCUCAGAAGCUGGAAUCAGAGAAGAAAGCAGCUACAUUUCAUCUCAAUGGCUGACGGCAGCAUUCCAAGCUUCAAGGCGGCUGACCUGGUCAUCGAGCUGUCCUCCACUCCAAAGACCAAACUGGACGAGCCUGCCUUCGGGAACGUCUUCACUGACCACAUGCUGACCAUAGAGUGGAGUGCGAGUGACGGCUGGCAGGCUCCGCUCAUCAAGCCCUUUGGAAACCUGUCACUCCACCCGGCCUGUUCGUCACUACACUACGGCAUACAGCUGUUUGAAGGGUUGAAGGCGUUUCGUGGGGAUGACAACCAACUGCGUCUCUUCAGACCGAUGCUCAACAUGAACCGCAUGUCCAACUCUGCUAAGAGAGCUUGCCUGCCUGCCUUUGAUCAGUCAGAGCUUCUGGAGUGCAUCAGGCGACUGGUAGAGAUCGACCAGGACUGGGUUCCUCACUCAGAAUCGGCCAGUCUGUACAUCAGACCGACAUUCCUUGGCACUGAGCGAUCUCUGGGUGUAAAGAAGCCUGCCAAUGCCUUGCUGUAUGUGAUCUUGUGUCGAGUGGGCUCUUACUUCAACAGUGAGACAAAGGGUCUGUCCUUGUGGGCCGACCCAAAGUACACACGGGCCUGGAAAGGAGGGACUGGAAACUACAAGAUGGGCGGAAACUACGGGUGUUCUUUGUUGGCCCAGUAUGAAGCAGAGGAUCAUGGGUGCCAGCAGGUGCUGUGGCUGUACGGGGAGGACCACCAGAUCACAGAGGCAGGCACCAUGAACAUCUUCCUCCACUGGAUCACUGAGGAUGGAGAGGAGGAACUUGCAACUCCACCACUGGACGGCAUCAUACUCCCAGGUGUAACCCGACAGAGCAUCCUGGAACUGACCAGGAAAUGGGGGGAGUUUAAGGUGACGGAGCGCUACCUGACCAUGAGCCAGCUGUGCUCUGCUCUGAAGCAGCUGCGGGUCAAAGAGGUAUUUGGCUCCGGGACUGCCUGCAUGAUCUGUCCCAUCGGACACAUUGUUUACCAGGGAGAGAACUUGCACAUCCCCUGUAAGGAAGACUCGCAGUUGACUUCACGGAUAGCAAAGGAACUCAUAGAUAUACAGCAUGGACGCACGGCCAGCGACUGGACUCUCCUGGUGUAGCGGCGAGGAAGAGACCUGAAACACACGCACACCUUCACAAUGACCAGCGUGUGUACGAGGAGGUCAUACCAUCACGCGACAACGAAAGGCUAUCGUACACUUUGCGUUCAUAAGAGAACGAUAUGUAACAAUGUUUGCGCAAUAUUUGUAGUUUAACUGCAACAUGCUGGCUCUGCGGCGAGUGUGUCAUACAACUUUGCCCCCUUUUAAGCUUAAAUUAAUGACAAGCACACAACUGUCCAACAUAAUUAACAAAAGUAGGCUAAUGUAUCAUGCAAUAGUGCACAAUAACUUACAGUAGCUUUUUCUGCUGCUUUCCAACCAGCAUGCAGGAUUCAAAACAUGAAAAGAGAAAUGAUAAGUGAGAUGUUAUAGUUACAGAGAAUUUCACAUCACUUGUGCAAAGUUACAGAGCAACUACACAAGGACUAGUUUAACUAAUGAACUAAUCUUCUGAUGGCUACAGUAUGGAAACAUUGGGCCCGCCUCAAAGUUUCACAAUGAACCUCAGUUUAAAAAGCCAAAAGCCUUUUCAUUUUGGGGUUGUACUGUGUUAUUGUUUCAGAGAACAUGCUGAUGUUUGCUGAAUUUGAGUGUGUUGUAUUGUAAACAGAAACAUUUUAAACAUUUAGAAUCUGUAGACGGGGCAUCACCUUUUGGUAAAGAGCAUCAAAUAAAUGUCACGGAAAACUGGAAGUAACAUACAGGAGUUUCUUCACUACCCCGUGGAACUUGUUAGUCAG